AUACGGUGACAGACAGACAUCCUCCUUUCUCCCAACGUCACUCUCUCUCUCUGCAACGGGCAGAAGGCACAACGCACCAGAACCCUAAACCAUCUCAACUUCAACUUGCUUCUCUGUCUCCCCAAUUCAUUUCUUUUCCAAAUAAUAAAUAUUUUUAUUACUUCUUUUCUUAUUCUCACCUUCCAAUUUUCGGAGCAAUGUUGGAAUUUAUCAUAACAGAGGUUUUUCUUUUCGAGAUUCUGCUGUGAUUGCCGGUGAGGGAGAGAUUUCUUCUUUUACCGGCAACAAAAAGAGAGGACUGACGCGCAGACAAGGAUAAAAAAUGGCUAACUUGCAGUUGCAGAUGAAUCCUACAAUGGAACAAAUCCACGGAGAAAUUCGUGAUACCAUGCGUGCCCUUGCAAAUGGCUUCCAAAAGCUUGAUAAAAUCAAAGAUUCCAAUAGACAAAGUAAGCAGCUCGAGGAGCUUACGGAGAAGAUGAGGGAGUGUAAGAGGUUGAUUAAAGAAUUUGAUCGUGAAAUAAAAGACGAAGAUAGUAGGAAUCCUCCAGAGGUUAACAAGCAGCUAAAUGAUGAGAAGCAAUCCAUGAUCAAAGAGUUGAAUUCAUAUGUGGCAUUGAGGAAAACGUACUUGAGCACUCUUGGAAAUAAGAGGGUUGAACUUUUUGAUAUGGGGACUGGUCCAAGUGAGACGACAGCUGAUGACAAUGCUCAAGUGGCAUCAGAAAUGUCAAACCAGGAGCUUAUUCAUGCUGGAAUGAAGACUAUGGAUGAAACUGACCAAGCCAUUGAACGCUCAAAACAGGUUGUUCACCAAACUAUUGAAGUGGGAACGCAAACUGCUACUACUUUGAAGGGCCAAACUGAACAAAUGGGUCGCAUUGUCAAUGAACUGGAUACAAUCCAGUUCUCCAUCAAGAAGGCGUCGCAGCUUGUUAAGGAGAUUGGUAGGCAGGUGGCUACUGAUAAAUGCAUCAUGUUUUUUCUUUUUCUGAUUGUAUGCGGAGUUAUUGCCAUAAUUGUUGUGAAGAUCGUGAAUCCAAACAACAAAAGUAUAAGGGAUAUCCCUGGACUUGCUCCUCCUGCUCAAACGACAAGGAGAUUGCUGUAUGUAGAGCCUGCACAAUAUUUUUUGUAAAUCUGUUAUCUUGGAUAGGCUUCACUAUGCCAUCUAAUUUCAGUAUAAGGCUGCUGUAGACAUGCGCACUGCUGUUUGUGACAUCUUGUUUCUUUAUACCUGGUUCUUGAUUGAGCUGUGUGCAUAUUUGUAUUUUUCUGUGAUUUGUCGUCAUAUGGUCAGGAUGAUGUUAUUGUUCAUGUAAAACUUUCAGAGAUGAUAUGAUUUGUCAGAACAUGUUAAUGUACUUGAAUCA